UCGGUAUUGUUCGGUGUACUGCAGCGCUCGCUGUUGAUUAGCGUGAGUUUGUUGUUGCGACUAGUGUUCAAUUAUUAUCGUCACUAUUAUUGCCGCUAAUUUUUAACAAUUUGAAUUUAAAAUGACAAGAAACUUUAGCUCCUUCAAAAAAGCAUUUUAAAUACACCAUGCGGUCGCUACGGUUAUUGCGGUGCCGGCCCUUCUCAACACGUUUUCUGAUCCUGUCGUUCCUGGCUCUAGCCUUCGGCAUAUACUGCUACUAUUACACUGUCACACCAUCAUCAUAUCCGAAACCAAGUAGCGACAAUACAAACAGCGACCGCUCAGUCUCACAGAAACACGUCCGAGAGCCGCAGUCUGUGAAACUGCAGCAAUGUCCAGUGGUGCGUUCCAGUCAGGCAGAAAUUGACACAGUCUCCAUUUUUCCAAAAUUUGACUUUCAGCCCAACUGGCUCCGCACAAAAGAAUUUUGGGAUCGAACUUUUGAGGAGCGAUAUGAGAAGAUCAAAAACGAUAGUCGUCGUCCGAGAUUAAAGGUAUUCGUCGUGCCUCACUCGCAUAAUGACCCGGGCUGGCUAAAUACCUUCGAGCAAUACUUCGAAACCAAGACGAAAAACAUACUCAAUAACAUCGUCACGAAACUAAAUCAGUAUCCCAAUAUGACGUUUAUAUGGACUGAGAUAUCGUUUUUGAACGCUUGGUGGGAACGGUCCCAUCCCGUCAAACAAAAGGCCUUCAAGAAAUUGGUAAAAGAAGGUAGAGUAGAAAUCACAACGGGAGGCUGGGUGAUGCCUGAUGAAGCAUGUACUCAUAUAUACUCAUUAAUAGAUCAGUUUAUUGAAGGUCACGUGUGGGUCAAAGCCAAUCUUGGUGUAACUCCAAAAGUUGGUUGGUCGAUAGAUCCAUUUGGCCACGGAGCUACUGUGCCGUAUCUGCUAGAUAAAAGCGGUUUAGAAGGUGCUAUCAUACAAAGGAUACAUUACGCUUGGAAACAGUGGUUCGCGCAGAAACAAAUUGAAGAAUUUUAUUGGAUGCCCGGCUUUUCAUCAAAUAAACCAUCCCUAGUUAUUCACAACCAACCCUUUGAUAUUUAUUCUAUUAAGAGCACAUGUGGUCCCCAUCCUGCUAUAUGUCUCAGUUUUGAUUUCAGGAAAAUUCCUGGUGAAUACUCGGAAUAUACGGCGAAGCAUGAGGACAUCACAGAACAAAACCUGCACAGUAAGUCCAAGACCCUCAUGGAAGAAUAUGACCGAAUCGGUUCGCUCACCACACAUAACGUUGUGCUCGUGCCUUUGGGUGACGACUUUAGAUACGACUAUAGCAUUGAAUUCGACGCCCAGUACGUCAAUUAUAUGAAAAUGUUCAAUUAUAUCAACAAACACAAGGACCUAUUUGACGCCGAGGUAUCAUUCGGAACACCUGUUGAUUACUUCAAUGCUGUAAAGGAGAGACAUGGCAACAUACCCACAUUACGUGGAGAUUUCUUCGUGUACUCUGAUAUUUUCAGUGAAGGUAAACCAGCUUAUUGGUCCGGUUAUUAUACUACAAGACCUUAUAUAAAAAUUGUUGCAAGGCAGUUUGAACAUCAUCUCCGGGCUGCAGAGAUAUUAUUUACUCUCGUAUCAAAUUUCCUUAGGCAAUCCAACAAGCACAUGUUCGAAUCAUCAGAGCGAAAACUGGAAAAAUAUUACGAACAAUUGAUCACAGCUCGACGAAAUUUAGGCCUUUUUCAACACCACGAUGCUAUCACUGGAACUUCUAAAGCCAGCGUCAUGUAUGACUACGGUACAAAAUUGUUUACAAGUUUGUACCAUUGCAUUCGCUUGCAAGAAGCUGCUCUCACCACCCUCAUGAUACCUGAUAGUAAACUUCACACACAGAGCAUUCUACAGAGUGAACUAGAAUGGGAAACGUAUGGAAAACAACCUAGAAAGAUGCUAGUAUCGGUCGUCGAUAAAAAGAAAGUUAUUCUUUUCAAUCCUCUGGCAGAGAAAAGGACUGAAGUCAUAACGCUGAGAUCAAAUACGACUAACGUCCGAGUCUAUGAUACACAUAAUGAAAAAUAUGUUCAAUAUCAAAUAACGCCCAAUAUUGAUAUACAUGACAAUGGGAAAUUUGCAAUAAGCGACAUUAACUUUGAUGUAAUGUUUGUAGCAACUCUAGAAGGUUUCAGUGUUGUGACUUACAAUCUCGAAGAAUUCGCGAACCAUUCUACGCACUGCGUAAUAUUUUGUAACAAUUGCACUGAACAAAAGUCUGAUCCAGAAAAACCAAAUAAUUUUGUUAUUAAAAAAAUGAUGCCUGGAAACAUACAGCUAGAGAAUGAGGUUAUGAAAUUACUCGUCGACCGUAACACUGGGUUUUUAAGACAAGUAUAUAGAAAAGACAUUCGCAAGAAAAAUAUUGUUGAUAUUCAGUUUGGUGCAUAUCAAAGUGCUCAAAGGCAUUCUGGUGCCUAUUUAUUCAUGCCGGAUUAUGAUCCACCUGAGAAAGACGUAUUAGGCCCAUAUACGAAAGCAAAUAAUAUGCAAGAUGAAAAUGUCAUUAUUGUGUCGGGACCAAUUUCUACUGAGAUCACUACCAUGUAUUUGCCUUUCUUAGUUCAUACGCUCAGAAUUUAUAAUGUUGACGAUCAAGCCCUUUCACGUGGAAUUUUUAUUGAGACAAUAGUCGAUUACGAGAGUCCUCCAAAAAAUAGGGAUACAGAAUUAUAUAUGCGAAUACAAACGAAUUUACAAAACGGAGAGAUCCCGGAAUUUUACACUGAUCAAAACGGUUUUCAAUAUCAAAAAAGAGUGAAAGUGGAUAAAUUGGGCAUCGAAGCAAACUAUUAUCCGAUCACAACUAUGGCUUGGAUACAGGAUGAUGAAACAAGACUGACUUUGAUUACAAAUCAUGCUCAAGGGGCCGCUGCCUUUGAACCCGGUCGACUGGAAGUUAUGAUGGACCGUAGAACACUAUAUGACGAUUUCAGAGGAAUAGGUGAAGGUGUCGUUGACAAUAAGCCUACCGUGUUCACGAAUUGGUUGCUAUUGGAACCCAUAAAUACUCUGAGAACUAAAAGAGAUACCUAUCAGCAAGAUUCCGGCCCAUUCCAAAAGAGGAGAUUUAAUAUAGAACAAAAGCCGCCCGUUUAUGAGCUGCCUUCACAAACUGCUGAUUAUUUGAGUAGGACUCUCAACUAUCCCGUGAACGCCUAUGUAGUCGAUACAAGUGAAGUCGGUGAAAUUGAAGUAAAGGAACAUCAAUCAUUUUUGACAAAUUUCCCGAGCGGAAUUCACGUUGUAUCUAUGCGUACUAUCACUGACGAAGUCUUGGAACAGUUUCCGAGCAAUUCCUGCUUUAUGGUACUACAUAGACCUGGUUUUAGUUGUGAUGUUGGGAAUACUUCGCCUAAGACAAAUGCCCGAUUUACGACUGAUACUAAAUUUAAUGGACUUUUAGUUAACAACCUGGUUUCGGUCAGCUUGACCGGCCUUAAAACUUAUAAGAAUCUUAGUAGUUUAGCUAAUAUAACUUUAGAGCCGAUGGAAAUUAAGACGUAUCGAGUAAGGUUUUAAAGACUAGCUUGAAAUAGUAAUAAUACAAUUAUUAUAAAGUUUUGGUGACCUCUUUUUGUCGCCUAUGACUUAUACAUAGAAAGACUUAUAAAUCUACGCAUUUAGGCUAAGACCAGUUAUUGAUCUGAUAUUAUCUAUCAAUUACUUUGAUAUUAGAGUCAUCGUUAAGAGGAAUCCAGAAAAUAAAUUAGGUAGGCAUCCAGUCAGUCGAUUUUUAUCGGCAUCUUUGAAUGUUUAACAAGUUGAAAUUGUAUAGUUUUAAUGUAAAAUUAAAUUUUUUUAUAGCGUAUUUAAUGAGAGAUGCAAUUCUCUACGGCUUUGCAAGAUGACAUCUUUUUAAUCGAUUAUGACACGCUUUUUUUUUUUAAGAAUGAUUUUCAGUACAUAUAUGCACUAUUUAUUCAUAAUAAAACAAGUCUCGAUUUAGAAAUAUCUACCUCAGGACCAAAUAAUGUAACUUUAUAAAGGAUUCAAAAUCUUUUAAAUAAUUUAUUUAUAGUCAUUAUUUCUAUCUUUUCCUGUUUUGAAUUAAAUUACAUGCCAUCAUUUGGCGCAAUGUAUUACUAAUUUACAAUCGCAAGUUAUAACUAAACAUUUUUGACAUAUUUAUUGUAGAUGAGAUAAUAAUAAUAUUAAGGAACAGUCUCGUAUUUAAAGAUAGGGUAAUCUGGAUCUCGUAUACUAACUUAUUUCAGUUGUGAUAUUAUAUUCGAAUGUACAGUAUGCGCUUGAAUGCUCAUUUAAUUUAACAAGUGAUAAAUUCACUAACGGAAUGCAUUGCUCUUUUUUACAUAGCUACCAUGUUAGCAUUAAAUAGUUAAUCUUUGACUACAGUUAAAUAAUACUUAACACGAUGUUUUCUGUUCCAAUUAAAUAAUCUAAACUGAAUGUCUAGGAAUAAUAUAGGACAACUUAUGUGAAUUUGAACUUCUUAUAAUAAUAUUUGUAUAUAUAAUUUAUAUUUUUGUAUAUAUUGUGUUACGUAAAACUUAAGUACAAUUAUUUGAGUCAGUUAAAUUUAAUGUUUAUUUAAUUUAUUUGUAAUUACAAAUGAACACGAUAGAUUUUGUUUGUAAUUAUUUGUGAUAUUUAAACAAACGCUCUUGAUACUAAUUUUGUUAAAGAUGAUUAUUUAGCUUUAUUUAUUUUACAUAAUUUUAAUAUAAUGAUUAUUAAAGGCUUGGUUGUAUUUAAGCACGUAGCGUUAAGAGUUUAUGUACAAUCCGUUCACGAAUCAAGUAGACGAAAUAAAACCAUCAAUUAUUAU